UAUUAGAAAAAAAUUUAAUUAAUUAAGAGAAAACGAGGCGUGCGGUGCAUUAGUUUGUAACAUGGUUAGCCUGGAUCUGCGGCAAAGCUCAACACUGCACAGCUUGGUGUGCCAAGCGAUUCUAGUGCUGUUGUGCCUAAUCUGUUACGGCUACGGCGGCCUUAGCGGCGCUAAGUUUGUGUUUGAUGACACUGUGGCCAUAGUUAAAAACAAAAAUGUCAACACGCUGCCCACCAAUUGGACGGCCAUCUUUAGCCACGACUUUUGGGGUGCGCCGCUGUUAAGCGCCGAUUCGCACAAAUCCUUUCGGCCGCUAACAACGCUGAUGUUUCAUUACGAAUACGCCUUGCUGGGCUUAAAUGCUGCUCACAUGAAGUUUUUGAACCUGCUGCUGCACUGCGUGAACACGUUGCUCAUAUGGCGCUUGGUGCGGUCACUGUAUGUGGAGGAUAUAGACAUCGAACGCUGGGCUACCAUUUCAGCGGCACUGUUUGCCGUACAUCCAGUGCACACGGAGGCAGUAUCCGGCGUGGUGGGCAGAGCGGAGCUCAUGUUCGGCCUGAUACACCUGCUCUGUCUGCUCCUGACAGUGGCCAGCGCGGACAAGCAACAGGGCGUGAGCAGCGUUAGCCUCAUCCUGCUGCUCACGGCUAUGGGCAUGCUUUUCAAGGAGACGGCAGUGACUAUACCGAUAUCCUGCGUCAUGUUGGAUUACUUUCAGAAUGGCACCUACGUGCUGCCGCUGAAGCUACAGCAGCGGGUUAUCACCAGUCGAUUGCGCUACGUGUGUUACCUCUGUGGCACGCUGCUACUGCUGUUGUUGCGUCUCUGGUGGCAAAACUUUGAGACGCCCGAGUUUAAAGCCGUCGACAAUCCCAUUGCACAUAACGAGCAGCUACUCACGCGCGGUCUGUCCCAGCAGUACUUGUAUGUGGUCAACUUUUGGCUGAUGUUAUGCCCACAAUGGCUGUGCUUCGACUGGGCGCUGGGCUGCGUUAAUCUGGUUACCAGCAUUUGGGAUAUGCGUCUACAGGCAGUUAUUGCAUUCUACUCCUUUAUAAUCGUCUCCUUGAUGAACUUUCGACGCUUGGCAGGACUUAUGCUGGGCCUGGCGCUGAUGAUCAUUCCCUUUUUGCCCGCCUCGGGCAUUAUACGCGUUGGAUUUGUGAUCGCCGAACGUACACUGUAUGUGCCUUCGAUGGGCUUCUGCUUGAUGUCCGUAUACGGCUUCCUCUACUGUUACCAGAACUAUGCAAACAACAGCUAUUGGCGCGCGGCGCUUCAGGCGCUUCUCAUGCUGCUCUUUACCGUGUUUAUGCUGCGGACGCGGCAGCGCGCUGCACAGUGGCUAAACGAGGAGCAGCUGUUCAGCUCGGCGCUGCAGGUGUGCCCCAACAAUGCCAAGGUGCAUUAUAACAUAGCACGCCUAGCCACGGACACAGGCAACAUCAGCAGGGCCUUCCACCAUUACCACAAGGCUGUCGAGCUAUAUCCGGAGUACGAAUCGGCGCUCAUGAAUCUUGGCAAUCUGUACCGCGAGAAUGGACAGCUGCAGACAGCUGAGAAGUAUAUACGCGCCGCAUUGACCGCUUAUCCAGCAUUUCCGGUGGCCUGGAUGAAUCUGGGCAUAGUGCAAUCGGCGCAAAAGAAGUACGACCAGGCGCUGGACAGCUAUAGGCAGGCCUUAAAAUAUCGCUCCGACUAUGCCGUCUGCUACUAUAACAUGGGCAAUCUGUUUCUGGAGCAGCACCAAUAUGCCGAGGCACUGCAUCAUUGGCAGCAUGCGGUCGCCGUGAACCCACGGCAGCCCAAGGCCUGGGCUAAUAUUCUAACCAUGCUCGAUAAUCGCGCCAUGUACGAGGAUGCUUUGCGCAUUUCGGAGCAGGCUCUUGCCCAGUUACCCAACGAACCGAGUAUCAUGUUUAUACGCGCCAAUGUCCUGGGCAAGAUGAGGCACUACCUAGAGGCGGAGACGCUCUACAAGCUCGUCAUUGAGCUCGAUCCAAAGAAUAUGCUGUAUCACACGAAUCUCGGUGUGCUCUACCAUCGCUGGGACAAAGUGCAGGAAGCCAUCGAAUGCUAUCAGACUGCCAUUAGCAUCAAUUCCUUGCGUGCGACAACGGCGCGGGAUAAUCUUGGUAAGCUCUUAAAGCGCUUAAACCGCGAAGCAUACAAGGAGUCACAGUAAGCAAGGC